CGGUUCGAAAACAAGCGCGAAAGGUAGCUCGACCGCUGACGACAACUUGUGAAGUUUGUGACUGGACAUAAAAGGGAUUAGAUGCGCAACGUUGUGUACGAAAUUUGUGUCUUAACCAUGGUCAUAACUUUACAAAACUUGUGUUAGGUCUUAAUUUUCACAGAAAGAUCUCCUGUAUUGCUUCGCUGUUGACUUAUUUUCGUGAGCCAGCCGUUUUUACAUAGCGUUAACUUACAUUAACAUUAAGCUAGCUAAUAACAGUUAUAGUCGCUUAUUUACUUUAUCAUUAACUGACGUUAGGUUAACAUUAGCUAGUACACAUGAAGCCCGUGCGAGGUUCUAACCGGGCCGCAUCAAAGGUACCUAACUCUGACAAAAACAAGCAAAAAACGGAUCAGACGACGAAACAACAAGCAACAGAGGAUCAGGACCCGGUGCCCAGUGACAACCAUGGCAAGAGCACCCACCCAAAAGCUGCACGAAAGAGGAAAGCUGAAAGCAAAGUCAAAGGUCAGGAAAACUGGAAGCUGAUGCCAGGAUCUUCCAUCGCUGCUCUGGAGAACAUAAUGGAUUUGUCAAUACUAGCCACUCUUGCUUUGAGGCGGACAGAAAAGAAAGAGAGCCAGGAACAUCUGAACAUAAUGAAAUGCAGGUUCCUUGCUCAAUGUGCACAGCUCAAAGUUCCAGUGCAGAAACAAAAAGUUUUGGAGCGUUCAUCUUACCACCACCAGGAGGAGACCAAGAAGUCAGUAGUUGUAAAGAAGACUCUGAGCAGCCUGGAGGAAGACUUAAAAGCUGUGGUCCGUGCACUGGAGAGGACAGAAGAGCAGACUGUCUCCUUGCAGCACACAUGCACUAUGCUGAGAGAACAGGUGGAGGAGGAAGAGGAGGGGAAAGCUAAAGAGAUCUUACAGAACACUGAACAAGCUAUUCUUAAUCUCCCCCGUCUCCCUCCACAAAAACGUGAAGAAACGUUAGAGGCUCGGAUGAGAAAAAUUAUACCAGACAGUGACUCUGAGACCACUGCCCGGAAACUGGGAGAAAUUCUGCAGAAAUCAGAGGGCAUCCAUGAUGCCCAGGCGCUGCUCCUGCAGGCACACAAACAUGCUGAUCAGCUCUUCAACCCUGGUUUCACCCCCCUCAGUGGUGCACCUUGUUGAGAUUGGAACCUCGCCAAAUCUCUCUGUACACAGGUCUGAACAAAAUAUUUAAAACGAAAAUGUACUUUGUCUUAGUGUUACUCAGCUCCACUUUGUGUGGUUGUGCAACACCUGUAAUAAUCAAAUUCAGCAUAACAUUGAAUAAUCAAUUAGAACAUAUCCAACAGCAGUAUUAAAUAAAAGAAACUGGGGCACACACAAAUUAAGCAAUACUUAUUGCAAAAGCUUAAACUGUGAAGAUUCUUGAAGUUUGGGAAAAGCAAUUUGGUUGCAAAGAAACUUCCACACACUGUCUAACUUGCAAAAAAAUAUAUUUAUAAGUUGGCAACAUUUCGGUGCCGCAAAAGCAAUUUGGUACAAUAAAAGGAACAUCAAAUAGGUAGAUAAAAGACAAAAACAGCCUUUCAUUUCUACUUAAAACGCAGUAAACUGUCACACUACAGCAUCCUGACCCUUGCCCCUUCUUCAGUUUCCUUUCUUUGUUUUUUAAUUUAAAGAUUAUUGUUGUUGUUUUGCCUUUAUUGGAAAGGUGAUAGUAGACAAUUGGAGGGGUAUAAUAUGCAACAAAAAGGUCUGUUUCCAUGGUUAAACCACGGAUGUUGUGGUUAUGUGGUAUGCUCCUUCACAGUAUCAUUACCGGGGUUUUCAAUUAUAAUGAAACUAUUGCUCCUUUUGGUAAGAUCGUAGCACCAGAACAAACAAAGUUUACUAAAUAAAUAGGGUGGAUUGUUCAUAAUUGAAAUUCUUCCCUAUUGGAAGUUGAGGACAUGAGUGCAUUUGGUAGACUAGUAUCAACUUUGACUGUAACAGAUGUAAUUAAAUAGAUACCAUAAAGAAAUUAACUUUUGUUCAUUCAUGUUUUAAUGUAGAAAGUAAAGAAAUAAAAUUUCAUUAUGUUCACCAUUAA